UGCGGAACAACCAAUUUAUUUCCUGUUUUUAUUGAAUUACUAUUUUAUUUCCAUUCAUUAGUUGCGGAUUUGGAAGCCGUGGAAAUGUUUAACAGGGCUUUUAGAGACAUUGACGACGACGCGUUUUUCUCGUUAUUGCUGAAACGAAAAUCACUUAUAGAGGGAGCCAGUCCGAGCUCACAGGGAACAUGUGCGGCAGAUGAUGCGCAGUUUCUCCGACCCGUUUGGCGGACACUUGAUGCCCAGUACAAUGGAUGGGAGAAGCCGUGGUCACAACUUGGCAGAGGGUCCCAGCUCGUCCCUGGCUCUGAGAGAUGAACACUGGGGCAUGAUGAGGAAUCCUUUCGGCAUGUUUGACAACAUGAUGGCCAACAUGAGGAACAGGGUGGAGGACAUGCACCAGAACUUUGGGAACCUGUCCUCAGAUUCCAACACACACUCGUUCAGCUCCUCCUCAGUCAUGACGUAUUCAAAGGUUGGGGAUGAGCCCGCCAAGGUUUUCCAGGCGUCUUCAUCCACACGCCGCGCUCCUGGAGGUAUCAAGGAGACCAGGAAAGCGCUCAAAGACUCUGAGAGUGGUGUUGAGAAGAUGUCCAUUGGCCACCACAUCCAGGACCGAGGACACGUUGUUGAGAAGAAAUUGAAUAAGAAGACGGGAGAGAAGGAAUUCGUUCAGGACUUUCAGAACCUGGAUGAAUCUGAAGCUCAGUCUUUUGACGAUGAGUGGAAACAGGGAGUGUCCAAGUUCCAGCCUUCUGCCCCCAUGUCUCGACUGGAGAACGUCCGACCUCGCGCUGUUCAGCGGGCGGCUCUCACCUCUCCAGAGCAGAACCACAGAAACCAACCUAAAAACCAGAGUGAGGACAAAAGAAAAGUCAAGUUCUUGGCUUCAACAAAAGAGUAAAUUAUUCUGGUGAUGUGCUGAUCAAAGUCUGUUUCUGCAUUAUUACACUCUGUCUCGCGUGUACACAAACACACACACUCAUUUGUUACCUACUAUUUGAUUAAUCUCUACUGAAACCACACUACUGUGUAUGUAAACGUGCCUUACCUUUAAACUCAGACCAGUGCAGCUUUAGUGACAGGACAUUUUCAGGGAUCGCAGCUGAUUGGUCAUAUUAUAAAUUCACACUAAAUUUAGCAGCUAGGAGAGCUGUAAAAGAUAUUAAUGGAACUCCCCCUAGAGUAUUUAAUCAUAGAAGAGAGAAUAAAAUCAAAUUAAUUAUAUACAUAUAUUGAUGUAGCAACACAGACAGAUCUUACUCCAUAAGCAGUUUUAAUAGAAGUUAAUUGUCAUUAUUUUGUUUUAAUAUGUAGGUAUAUAGAUUUUAUAGAGCUCCAGAUGAAAUAUCCUGCUAAAAUCUGUUCUACACACAAACUGAUGAGUUUGGUAACUAUUGAAUACACUUAUGCACUGACCAUGUCAGUUUUGUAAUUUUGUCCAGUAGCCUCUCUUUAACCUUAAUGUAUUUUAUUUGCUGUAAUCUUUGUAAAAAAAAAAAAGUUUUAUAUUUAUAUUAUUCCUCUGUUACUUUAGUUUCUCAUAUUUUUCCAUGCAACUUAAAGCAAACUUUUUGUCAUCAUUUGGACUGUUUUCAUUCAUUCAAGCUUGUACAGUGUACCUGUUAGAGGUUAAAAAUAAAAGCAUAUAUCUGCUAAUAAACAUGUGGGCAUUUGAAUAUGAA